CGGAACAGACCCGGUAAGUGUGUGAAACAGAGCUACAGUGAAAUUCUUUCGCACAGAUGUCGCUCUGGCGCUAUAGUCCGAUGCACUAAAUUUUUAAACCACAAGCAUUGGAUGCAAAUCCAAGCAGUGUCGUGGAAUAAACUAAAAUAAAGUGGUUUUAGUUAUAUGAAAUGUAAAUAAAAAAUAUACACCAAAAUAUUAAAAGCAACAACAAACGACUUGAGGAUGGCAUUUUUGUGCCCUGUGCGCAUGCGGCGCGAUAAAAAGAAAGCCACCAGUGCUAAUAUCGAACGCGAUUUGCCUAUACCUGGUGUUGGUCUUGGUCGAAUUACCGGUUCUUCCAGCAUAGAAACACUCGUUCGCGUUGGCAUCGAAAAGGAGCACGGUCUGAGUCCAGACUCAAAAAUGGUGAUUUUGCAUGAUUUUACCCCCUGUGUCGAUGACGAACUCGAAGUCAAGCGCGGACAAAUUGUGAAUAUUCUAUAUCGUGAAAAUGAUUGGGUCUAUGUUAUUGGUCAGGAUACACGACAGGAAGGAUUCAUACCAUAUUCGUAUUGUGCACAAUACAACACACAGUUGGCGGAUUUGGCAAUCAAGAAAAAGUUACCGCGCGAUCAGAAUGUCAACGUGCAUGAGCAUAAUCAAGAGAAUAUGCCACUUUUAAGUGCAGAGAGUAAAAUAGAUUUAAUUGACGAUGUGGUUGCAGCUGGCAAUGGAAGCAAUGGUGGUGGCUCUGCCACUAAUGCAGCACCUAUUGGAGCUUCAUUAAAAAAUUCCGAAAUAAGUCUGAUAUUGGAACCAGAGUGUACUCCAUUUCACAAAGAUCCCAGUGGCCGCUAUAUUGUUUUAUAUACAUUUAUAGCACGUGACGAAAAUGAUUUAUCUGUUGAGCGUGGUGAGUUCGUGACGGUCUUGAAUCGUGAGGAUCCUGAUUGGUUUUGGAUUGUUCGUAGCGAUGGUCAAGAGGGUUUUAUACCAUCGGCUUUUGUUUUCCCGGCAGAAAGCGUGCUCCAAACACAACAGAAAUUGUUGAAUGCAUGCGGCACAACGCAGGACACAGGUAUUGGUGUGGUAGGUGGAGGAGCUGCCAGUAAUGGGGUACAUAAAUCACAAACAAAAUUGAAUUUGGAGCUUACCGCUGCUAAUUUGAAUAGUAAUUUAAAUUCAUUGAGUCAAACUAUAGCAACAACAGCUACUCAACUGGAUGUGACAUGCAUAACCAGCUUACAGCAACAACAGCAAAGCGCCGCACAGCAUCAACAACAACAACAGCAAAUUGGAGGUAUUGGUGCAGAUGAUCUACGCUAUCACGGCACUGAGCUGGUCAUGUUAUACGAUUAUAAGGCUCAAGCGCCAGAUGACUUGAAUGUGCGUAGAGGAGACUGGAUUUAUGCAGAUUUGAAUAAUCAAACGGUAGACGGCUGGCUGUGGGCAUAUGCGCCAAAAACGCGCAAAUAUGGUUUCAUACCGAAGGCAUAUGCACGGCCGCCAGCUAUGACCAGCCUUUAAGUGUCGGAGUUUCUUUUAAUUAAAUAUAUUUUUGUUGUCUUCCGAAAUAAAAUUGUGUGCACUGCUAAACGCAUUAAUACAAAGCAUGCUUUUUGCCAUGGUUGUUGCAACAGCUAAACGUGCCGACAAUGUAGAUGUGACCAUCAUGGGAACAUGCGCUUGGGACUACACCAAUGCUCACACAGCGACUUGCCCGCAAUAUAUGCCUUAAAAUGCGUAUUACGUAUGUAGCUUA